AUGUCAACACAACCACAACUUCGUUUCUCCAUUCCAAUUCCCCCAUGUGGCGAGCAUCCCGGAGGAGCGAUAACAUGUACCGAGCCCCAACCAGCCGUGUACGUUUUGACAUGGACAUCACCGCCAGAGAAUCGUAUCACCACGCCAUUUCUGCGCGCCUUGCUGACCGCCCUUGAUGUCAUUGAAUACGGAGAUUUCAAGCGAGGCGUGGUCAUCACGACAAGCGGUAUUCCGAAAUACUAUUCCAACGGUGCUGAUCUUGAGCAUGCCUUUAACACGGACGGAUUUUGGCAAUUGUUCCAUGAUACAUGGGCUAGGUUUUUGACGUACGUGCUUCACCUUGUCACUGCUUGCUUCGCCAUACCUAUCUUCUACGAAUACCCCAUGCCUACCCUCGCCCUCAUCAACGGCCACGCCUUCGCCGGCGGCAUCAUGCUCGCCAUGGCUCACGACUAUCGCCUCGGCCCAGGUUCCAAAGGCUGGAUCUGCGUCAACGAGCUCCAAUUCGACGCUCCCCUCAUGAGACCAUUCACAGCCCUGUUUCGACAGCAAAUUCCCCUUCUGCACUAUCGAAGCGUCGCCCUUGAAGCACGGCGCUUCACUGGCGAACAGGCCAUGGAAGUGAGCCUGGUCGAUGGUGUAGCACAUACCUUUGAUGAUGCGUUAAAAUUCAUAAACGACCGAGACCUGUUGGAAAAGGCCAAGAGUCAAUCAUAUGCGCAGAUUAAGACGGAAAUGUACGCUGAUCUGCUGGCUGAUUUGACGCCCAAGGCUACGGAUCGAGCUACGCGCAAGACGGUGGACGAGUACAGUCGUGCGGCGGAGAGGAAGGAAAAGGGUCGGGCUUGGUAUAAGCGGUGGGUUGCGGAAAAUAAGGCAAAGUCGAAGAUGUAG